UUGUCCUUAUCUAUCAAUAUUUUUAUUUGUGUGGGCGAAGCAUGAGUGUGUUCUGAUUUUUGACAGUUCUGAAGGAAAGUUUGUAAAUUUUGUAUUUCCAACAAUUUUUUUUAUAUGAAAAAAUGGAGUUGUUUCGCACUGCAGAAUUUUACAUUUUCGUCAAGGAUCAACAUUCCCUAUGGUGGGAUCGACAAACUGGGGCGUUUAUUCCAAAAACUGGGUGGGAUUUAACAGACGCCGAAGAUCCAGUUUGUUUGGGAAUUUUUCACGGUAUAAUUGGCAAAGUAGAAUACAAUCCCUUGUUUGAUCCUAGACUUUUGCUGAUAAAAGAAAGCGUUUUGGUGGGCAAGCUUCAUGGAAAUAAUGAAGUUUACAAAAUCAAAUCGGUAGUUUUUCUUCCGUUGAAUCAAGAAAACAUAGAAUUAAAUUUAAAACCUUGCAGCAAACACAAAACAAUUAACAUAAAAAAGGCCAAUAAUACAAAUUCAUUCAUGGACAUUCAAAAAACUACCUUAAGUAAAACAUGGGGCACAUUGAAAAGUGCAGGAAACACCAUAAAAAACACUACACAACAUGCUGCUGCAAUUGCAUCUGGCAUUCCGAAACGAGAUACAAAACUCAAAGAAAAAUUUGAAAAACAAAUUGUAGAAGAGUUUUACAAAAUAUUUAAUGACACCAAUUCUUUUUACUAUUCAUUCACCACAGAUUUGACAAAUUCAUUGCAAAGGCACUGUCAUUUGGAGAAACAUAACAUGGUAGAUCCAAAGGCUUUAUGGAAAACAGCAGAGGACAAGUUUUUUUGGAAUAAGCAUAUGUUGCAAAGUAUAUUGGAUACAGAAAACAAUUUGUGUGAUCCAUGGAUUUUACCAAUAAUACAAGGAUACAUUCAAAUAGAGGAUUGUAAAGUAGAACUAGGUCCAUUUGUUGGGGAACCUGUUGAAAAACAGUUUGAAAUAUUUUCUUUAUGCAUUUUGUCUAGAAGGAGUCGAUUUCGUGCAGGAACAAGAUAUAAAAGAAGAGGAGUAGAUGAAGAAGGUGAAGUGGCAAACUAUGUUGAAACCGAGCAAAUAAUUACCUAUCAAACACAUGAAGUAUCAUUUUUACAAGUUAGAGGAUCUGUACCUGUCUUCUGGUCACAACCUGGUUAUAAGUAUAGGCCUCCACCUCGUUUGGAUAAAGGCGAGCCUGACACAUGCAUAGCUUUUCAAAAGCACUUUAAUAAAGAAAUACAAAAAUAUGGACCCGUUUGUGCUAUCAAUCUUAUUGACCAAACUGGAAAAGAAAAAGUGAUAUUUGAUGCCUAUUCACAUCACAUGUUACUCAUGGAUAGUCCUUUCAUAACUUAUGUCACCUUCGAUUUUCACGAAUAUUGCAGAGGAAUGCACUUUGAAAAUGUAUCAAUUCUAAUAAAUGCUGUGGCCGAUGUUAUAAAAGAUAUGAACUAUUGUUGGAGAGAUAAGCAGGGCCACAUCUGUUCUCAGAAUGGAGUAUUCAGGGUGAAUUGUAUGGAUUGUCUGGACCGCACCAAUGUAGUUCAGACGGCAUUAGGAAAAGCGGUCAUGGAAAUUCAGUUUUGUAAAUUAGGAUUAGUGGCGCCAGAAGGUGAGAUACCCAAUAAUAUCAAAAGUACUUUUCAACUACUGUGGGCGAACAAUGGUGACAUCAUUAGUAAACAGUAUGCUGGAACCAAUGCUUUAAAGGGUGACUAUACGCGAACAGGAGAAAGAAAGUUUACCGGAAUUAUGAAAGAUGGCAUGAAUUCAGCAAAUAGAUAUUAUAUAAAUGUAUUUAAGGAUUCAAUACGCCAAUGUUGUUUAGACAUUAUGCAGGGUGUUCAUUUACGUGAAUACGAAAUUCAAGAUUUUUGGGCCUAUAUACGCAUAGCUGGCAGUAUUGCAAAUGAAUACCUUCCUAUUGAGCCACCAUCUUUCGCACCGCAUUUGGCGCUGCAGCAAGAAUUCGAUUUCGCUUACCUUUUAUACCACAUUACUAGGUACUACUUGAGCCGUUUUAAAGAUUCAACUCGGCAAGGAACAAUAGAUAUUAUGUUAGGCAACUAUGUCUCAGAAGAUGCUUUUAAUGAAUCUAAAGCCGCGCAAUUCGAAGAAGACAUGAUGGCUACAGCUGAACAUGUUAAACUCCUAAUUGAAGACUGCAAAAAAAUGCUCAUCAAUCAGCCUGAAAUGGUGGUUGGCGCUUGGGGCCUUAUCAAUGCUGACCCUUCAACUGGUGAUCCUAGUGAGACGGACAUGGAUUCAAUUGUUAUAUUAACGAGAGAUUCUUAUUUUGUGGCUGAUUAUGACGAUCAAGUUGACAAAGUCACUAAUUACCAAGAGGUGGAACUUGCAGACAUUACUUUGAUUGAAUUUGGUGUACCAGAGUCAUCUAACUCUCUCUUUAGGACAAAUAAAAACAAAUAUUGCAUUAGAAUUAAUUAUAAGAUUAAUGGUGUUACUGGCUAUUACCACAUGUACCGGUCAGCCAAUUUGAGAUUUUUUAAUAAUAUGGCAGUGGUUAUUAAAACUGUAGAGGAGGAAGUAGAAUCUUUGAAGACAAUUUGCGAGGCAUUUGUGGUUGCAAUAGAAAUAGCGGGCCUACCAUUUGUGCCGUUUAAAUCGGGCGAAGCUCUCGACAGGCGAAAAUCGAGAGUUCUGCGGAAUAAGACGAAUAAUAGUAGUAUUUAUUUAGAUUUAGUAAAUUUACCCCAAAUAACAAGAAAUGUAUCAGAGACACAAUUAUCUGCAAUAAAAAGUGCUGGGUCUAAAGCAUUCUCCAACAUGACCCAGCAGUUUUCUAAAUUGAACAAGUUGUCUUUUAAACACAACAAACUUAAAGAGCCCCAUUUCACUAUCGGACUGCAAUCAAAGCAUGACACGUCCAGUGAUUCUGAAGACGAAUAUGAGAAUUCGAUUUUUCAGCCUAGCAUUUCGGCCGAAAGUGGUAAUUCUCUCCAAUACCCUACCGAUUCUAGCAGCGGCAGUAUCGAACAGGGUCAUGAAUGCAUAGAAGAUUCUGUAUUGGCAAAUCAAGAUUCCUUUUUGCCCAGUGUCGGUAUAGUAAUGGGACAAAAAAAUGAAACAACUCCGCAAGCUACGUUGGAAAAUAAACAGAAUUUGUUGACCCGGAUGGAUUCUUCUCAACUUGAUCAGAUGCAGUUGUCCAGCAUUGUGCAAAAUGUGUCAAUUAACAAUGUUAAUCAAACUCCUGAAAUACAACUUAAUUUUGAACAGCUCGAGACCGCGGAAUCAAAAAUGGAACCACCAAAGACUUUAAAUCUAGAUAGAAAAAUAAGUCACUCAUCUGGUGAAGUGGAUGAUCCUUCUUCAAUUGUCGAGUAUAAACACAUAGAUCAUUCUUCUUCCGAGUGUGAUGUUCAAAUGAACAUCAGUCAGUCGCAAAGUGAGUCGGCGUUAAAAAACAAAUUAGGCAAUAUAGCCAGCCCUGUAACCAGUGCUACCAAAGAGCUGUUUUCACCUCUUACUAAAUUGGCUAAAGAAGUACAAAAUUUUGGCGCUAAUUUGGACCCUAGGAAACUUAGCGGCACAGUAAGGCAGGUGACUGAGAGGGAUAUGGAGGAACAUAGAAAGUUGCAAGAGAGAUGGGUAAAUAGCAAGACUAGGCUAAUAGCGCUUUAAGCCAAAUCAGGGCUUGCCAGAUAUUGGGUGUAGUUAUGUUACUAUCUUGUUGCAGGCCUAGUUUCUUAAAACCGGGUUCUAUACUUAGCACACAUAUUAGGCAACUAUCUACAGCAGCGUCGAUAUCAGAAAUAUCUAGAAAAUGGUUUGGUAAUUCAUACGCAUAUAUCGGGAUUGAAAGAACAUCAAUUUCGCAACCAGCAUCUUUUUGAUAUAGCAUAAUUUGCUAAAUCAAUAACUUGUUAUGGCAUAAUUUGCUAAAUUAAUAACUUUAUUCAUUUUGUUACUGGUGUCAGCAAGUUAGCAUAUAUUGGUUGUCAUAACAAUUCACGUUAAACAAUUAUUUUUUGAUCACUAGAGUAUGUUCACGGGCUCUGGUUGUAUUAUUGUUCCUUAUAAACUAUCUAUUAUAAUCAGUUUGGUUUUUUUACAUACGUUUUUACAACGAGGAGCUGGUUAUUUAUUAUUGCCUAGAUACCAAAGCAAGAUAUAUCUAAUUUAUUAUAUUGCGAUAAUUAUUCUGCUAUUCUACUGUUAAUUAUACUAGAACUGUCGUGCAGCGUUCUUUCGUUUUCCUGUCACCUCGCCCACCAUAGGUAUCAAGUGAUUGCACUCAGAUAACAUAACCUCCAAUCAUAUGUUCCUUCGUAGUGAUAAAAGUGAACAAACGUAAAUGAUAAAAAAAUUAUUUUCACCUAAAUAACUUCAGUUGAAUACAAUACAAAUACAUUUCUCACCUUCUCUUUAAUUGGAAGAAUUUCAGCGAAUCGCUUAAUAAUAAUCGACGUAAUAUAUGGGUCUGAAUCACAUUGAAUUGCCAAAUUUUUUUCGAAUUUCAGAAACAACUUGCAAUUUGAUUUGCUUGAUUGAUUAAUAUUACAACAAAAUAGUAAUGUUCCUAAUACACUCCUACAUAGGUAUAAAUUGUAGUAUACCUUGGCUCAAUAUAGAGAGGUGCUUUGCUAUAAGGACAUUAUUGGAGCCAAAACGGUUUUAGAUGUGAUAUAAUCUUCUGGCCUGUUCUAGCUGAGGAAUAGUUAUAUCAUUGUUUUAUGUAUGACAAUUGUUUCUUUCCGAUUGAAGGUGCGUUAUAUAUUCAUUUUUAUUAUUUGAAUGGGUAUAAUGUUGGUAUAUCAAAUUUUAUUUUAUUGUAAUUUUCAACUUUUUUUAAAUAAAUUUUUCUUCGCUAGUUUUAUAAUAACCAAAAUUUUAGAAGCGGAAUAUUUCUUCAUUCUACACUUUUUCGAUUUUUAUACUGGUUCAAUAUUGAAAAUGCACCACAAAACGAAACUAAUUAAUUAAUUCCUUGCUCUAUCUUACAGUUUGUUUGAUUGUUUUAAUAUGGAAAUUAAGCACCAUACCUUCGUAUUUACCAUUUUGUAACUAAAGCUGACAACGUCAAUUAAAAUUUUUAAUCAAAUACUUAGGAAACGCUUACUUAGUAGGUAUUGUAUCAAAAAUAUGAUAUGAUAUUCGACAUUUUUUCAUGGUGUCGAGUUUUAAUGCUACUCCUUGUUUUGGAUAUGUUGGUGAAUCGUAUUAAUUUGUGAUAUAGAUUUAAAAUUGUUAUUUUAAAAGGCAUGUUUGUUGUUUUAAUUGUUGGUCGUUAUUAGGCUAUAGAAACCAGUGACAAUUUUGUAGAUUUGUUUCAAAUAAAAGUCAUUGUA